AGGAGACUAAUCCAGAAACCUCUCUCUCUCUCUCUCUCUCUCCACGCCUGCACCCUCCACCAUGAAGGUCUCUGUGGCACUUCUGUGCCUGGUGCUCACAGCAGCCACCGUCAGCUCCCAGGAGCAGGCUCAGCCAGGUGCACCGCUGAUGCCCAUCACCUGCUGCUUUAGCACUAUCAACAGGAGGAUCCCCAUCCAGAAGCUGCAGAGCUACACAAUCACCAGCACCCAAUGUCCAAAAGUAGCGGUGAUUUUCAAGACCAAACGGGGUAAGAUGAUCUGUGCUGACCCCAGUGAGAACUGGGUCAAGGAUUCUAUGACGCUCCUGAACCAAAACUCUCAAACUCCGAAGCCUUGAACCCUCCCACAUGGCCUGAGAGUCGUCAAAGCCUGAAGAUAAACCUCUGUGUAUUUUCCCCAGGGGCAGUGUGACAGUAUUUUACCCUAAUAGAUGAAAAGAGGUGCUUUGCUUAUUAAUUCAAAACACAAUAAUUCUUGAUCAUAUUUAAGUCAAUUAUAUUUUGACUUAAUACGCCAAAUAAAGUGAAAGUAAAA